GAGGUCAGGGGCGGACUGACCAUUUGGAAACUCGGGCACUGCCCGAGGGCGCAGGGUCAGUAGGGGGCCCCAUGAGAUGCCCCUGGUACCUUUUUCAUAGGCUUUUUUUAGUUUGGGCAAGGACAAAGGGGCCCUAUGAUCUCCUAUUGCCCGGGGGCCCCAUGAGUUGUCAGUCCGCCCCUGGUAGAGGUGCACCCAUUAAAGAGUUUGCCGCACUUGCAGUUAAAUAUAUGAAGUUUAUUGAAGUUGCUGGUUUACAGUAGAGGGCCCCAUGAAAUGCCCCUGGUACCUUUUUUUAUAGGCUUUUUUGAGUUUGGGCAAGGACACAGGGGCCCCAUGAUACCCUAUUGCCCGGGGGCCCCAU